UGCAGCUGCAGCAGGAGUAGACGAGUCACCUGAAUCUGAACCUGCAGCAGGAGUGGACGAGUCACCUGAAUCUGAAACUGCAGCAGGAGUGGACGAGUCAUCUGAAUCUGAACCUGCAGCUGCAGCAGGAGUAGAUGACUCACCUGAAUCUGUACCUGCAGCUGCAGCAGGAGUAGACGAGUCACCUGAAUCGGAACCCGCAGCUGCAGCAGGAGUAGACGAGUCACCUGAAUCUGAACCUGCAGCUGCAGCAGGAGUGGACGAGUCACAUGAAUCUGAACCUGCAGCAGGAGUAGACGAGUCACCUGAAUCUGAACCUGCAGCAGGAGUGGACGAGUCAUCUGAAUCUGAACCUGCAGCUGCAGCAGCAGUAGACGAGUCGCCUGAAUCUGAACCUGCAGCAGGAGUAGACGAGUCACCUGAAUCUGAACCUGCAGCUGCAGCAGGAGUAGACGAAUCACCUGAAUCUGAACCUGCAGCUGCAGCAGGAGGAGACGAGUCGCCUGAAUCUCAACCUGCAGCUGCAGCAGGAGUAGACGACUCACCUGAAUCUGAACCUGCAGCAGGAGUAGACGAGUCACCUGAAUCUGAACCUGCAGCAACAGCAGGAGUGGACAAGUCACCUGAAUCUGAACCUGCAGCUGCAGCAGGAGUGGACGAGUCACCUGAAUCUGAACCUGCAGCUGCAGCAGGAGUAGACGAGUCACCUGAAUCUGAACCCGCAGCUGCAGCAGGAGUAGACGACUCACCUGAAUCUGAACCUGCAGCUGCAGCAGGAGUAGACGACUCACCUGAAUCUGAACCUGCAGCUGCAGCAGGAGUGGACGAGUCACCUGAAUCUGAACCCGCAGCUGCAGCAGGAGUAGACGACUCACCUGAAUCUGAACCUGCAGCUGCAGCAGGAGUAGACGAGUCACCUGAAUCUGAACCUGCAGCAGGAGUGGACGAGUCACCUGAAUCUGAAACUGCAGCUGCAGCAGGAGUAGAUCAGUCACCUGAAUCUGAACCUGCAGCUGCAGCAGGAGUAGGUGACUCACCUGAAUCUGUACCUGCAGCUGCAGCAGGAGUAGACGAGUCACCUGAAUCGGAACCCGCAGCUGCAGCAGGAGUAGACGAGUCCCCUGAAUCUGAACCUGCAGCUGCAGCAGGAGUGGACGAGUCACAUGAAUCUGAACCUGCAGCAGGAGUAGAUGAGUCACCUGAAUCUGAACCUGCAGCAGGAGUAGACGAGUCAUCUGAAUCUGAACCUGCAGCUGCAGCAGCAGUAGACGAGUCACCUGAAUCUGAACCUGGAGCAGGAGUAGACGACUCACCUGAAUCUGAACCUGCAGCUGCAGCAGGAGUAGAUGAAUCACCUGAAUCUGAACCUGCAGCUGCAGCAGGAGGAGAUGAGUCGCCUGAAUCUCAACCUGCAGCUGCAGCAGGAGUAGACGACUCACCUGAAUCUGAACCUGCAGCUGCAGCAGGAGUAGACGAAUCACCUGAAUCUGAACCUGCAGCUGCAGCAGGAGUAGAUGACUCACCUGAAUCUGAACCUGCAGCUGCAGCAGGAGUAGACGAAUCGCCUGAAUCUGAACCUGCAGCAGGAGUGGACGAGUCACCUGAAUCUGAACCUGCAGCUGCAGCAGGAGUAGAUCAGUCGCCUGAAUCUGAACCUGCAGCUGCAGCAGGAGUAGACGAGUCACCUGAAUCUGAACCUGCAGCUGCAGCAGCAGUAGACCACUCACCUGAAUCUGUACCUGCAGCUGCAGCAGGAGUAGAUCAGUCACCUGAAUCUGAACCUGCAGCUGGAGCAGGAAUAUAUGAAUCACCAGCACCUGAAGCAGGAAUAGAUGAGUCACUUGAACCUGCAGCAGAUAUAGGCAUUGACAUCUCACCUGAAUCUGGAACCGUUAUCAACGAUCUGGACCCUUCGCCUGAAGCUCCAGCCAUGGUAGAAGACCCUGACACAUCUCCUGAACCUGCAGCCUUGAUGGAAGGCCCGGAUGCGUCACACGAACCCACAGCACGAGGAGAAGUUCACGAAGGCCUCGUCACGUCUCCUCAACCUCCUGCCGCCGUCGAGGGUCUCCACGUCUUGUCUCGACGUCCCACCGUCAUCAAGGGCCUCGGCGUCUCUCCUGAACCUCCUUCUCUCGCCGCCGGUGGUGUUGGUGGUGCUGACGGUGGCGGCGGCAAACCGGACGUAGCGGCUGAAGCAGACAUGGCACCUGAACUGGAUGUGGCGACCGAACCGGAUGUGGCACCCAAACCAAACAUGGCACCUGUUUCAGACGUGGCACCUGCAGCGGACGUAGCACCUGGAGCAGACGUGGCACCCGGAGCGAACGUAGCACUUGAAGCGAACGUAGCACCCGAAGCGAACGUGUCACCUGCAGCGGACGUAGCACCAAAACCAAACAUGGCACCUGAUUCAGACGUAGCACCUGGAGCAGACGUAGCACCUGGAGCGGACGUAGCACCUGAAGCGAACGUGGCACCUGGAGUGGACAUAGCACCUGAAGCGCACGUGUCACCUGCUGCGGACGUAGCACCACCUGAAGCGAACGUGGCACCUGAUUCAGACGUGGCACCUCCAGCGGACGUGGCACCCGGAGCGGACGUAACGACCGACUCGGCGAAGGAGCCACGGGGCUCCCCGGACGCUGCGGGGGGCGACGUGUUGGUGCUAUUCAGCAUGCGCGUCACCAACAUGCGCUUCAGCGAGGCGCUCUUCGACAGGGAGUCCGUCGAGUACAGGGACCUCGAGAAGAAGUUCCUGGACCUGCUGGUGCCCUACAUCGGCGCCAACUUGGAGGGCUUCAAGCAGCUGGAGAUCGUGCGCUUCGAGCGUGGCAGCGUGGUGGUGCGCAGCCGCGUCACGCUGGCGCGGGGGGCGACCGUGCGCCUUCGCCGCCACCGCCACAGCGCCGGCGCCGGUGACGGUGACGCCGGUGACGCCGGUAACGCUGGUGACGCCGGUGCAGCCGCCACGCCGCGUGCCACCCUGCUGUGCCUGCUGCGGGAGCUGUGCAGCGCCGCGCCGGCGAGCGCCGACAUCAACAUCGACCGCAACUCGCUCGACGUGGGCGGCGAUGACGACGGAGGAGACACAGGAACAGAGCCGGAGGAGCCGGAGGAGGCGUGCCGUCUCGUGCGGUGCGACGAGACGUCGCGGUGCCGCGUGAGCGCCGACGGCCGCACCGCCCGGUGCGAGUGCCGGCCGGGCUACGUGGCGGUGCCGGCGGUGGAUGUCGGCGGUGGACCUCCGUGCCAGAGGGAGUGCCCGGAGAACUCGUGCGCCGCCAGAAGCCGCUAGCCAUGCCGGUGACCCCUACUGCCGCCGUGGUGGCGACGGUGGCGGCGGUGGCAGCGGCGGUGACGGUGGCGGCGGUGGCGGCGGCGCUGGCGGUGGCGGUGACAGCUGUGGUGAACGUGACGGGGGAGCCACCGAGCGUGACGAUGACCACAACCGGCGCGCGACGGACCGUGACGAGACGAACUCGGGUCGCGGACCGACAUUGUUCGCUACAGCCGGGAGACCACCACCAACGCGGCAAAUUGGCCGUUCGUUGUGGCUAUAUACAAAACAAAUUGAGUUCACUGAUUGGCUGAGCUGAGAAUACUGGGGGUCAGUGAGCGGGGAGCGGGUGGCACCCCCCCCCCCCCCACCACCAAUGUUAACGACUCGGCGUGACGACCUCUCCUCUCUCACCUCUUUACUCACCUCUUUCCUAACCUCUCUCACCUCUCCUCACUCUCAAAUCUCUCCUCUCUCUCCUCUCUCUCCUAACCUCUCUCUCCACUCUCACCUCUCUCACCCCUCGCUCCCCACUCUCUCUCUCCUCACUCCCCUCCACUCUCCCCCCUCUCUCCCCUCCGCUGACGCCGGGCCGAACUCCUCCGUUGCGCGUCGCCGCGAGAUGAAACGAAACCCCGAAUUAAGCGCGAAACGCAUGAAAAAUGCAACGCGGCUUCGUACCCUUUCGGGCGACAAUACGAGGAGGCUGUUGAAGACGUUCAAACGCCAAAUUGGACGCCGCGCAAAAAAGAAUUGGUCCCCCGUAGAUGUGCUCAGCCCGAGCGAUUAACGCUUUCAUAUAUAAAUUCCCUUUGUGCUGCUCGCCUUGUCGGCCAUUAUUCUCUGACGUCGAUGGUGACGCGAGGCCGUAGCUCUGCUGUGGGCCAAUCGGUUUCAAAGGCAGUGCGUGACGUCAUUGUCAGAGCACGUUCGUUUGCACGUUGUGGCACAAGUAUGGUGUGUGUGGCUAAUGCGGACUUCUUGAUGAUGCCGUGUAAGUGACAAUAGCUGUUUGAACAUCUCUCGUGUUAACUUUGUCACGUUGUGCUUAGUUUUGAUUGUACUUUCCCGACACCUCCGAUAAGCAUGGUUGGCUACGUACGGUGCGAAAGAAGUUCAACGUAUACACAUAGACUCCAAGGCCGUAAUUAUAAUAGAAAUUGGGGGGGGGGACAUCCCCCCCAAUAUUCAAAUAUGCUCAAAAUGCCCCCCCCCCCCCAAUAUAUUGCUAUAAAAAUAAAGAAUUGCUAUGCUGUGUAAAUAAAAAUAACAAUUUGCUAAAACUUGGCCAAAAUAUCUGGACUUGUCUUCAUAGAAAUCAAUACAUAGAUUUCUGUUUAUAGGAUUGUGGUUAUAGUUAUAUUUUAUUAAUCCAUAAUCU